AAAAAGAUUAAGAGCCAGAGAAGCAGUCGUCAUACAUGCGGCCAGCCAGCGGACAGAGGACUCUCUCAUUAAGGAAGGUGUCCUGUGCCCUGAGCCUACAAGAUGCCAACAGAAGAUGCUCACUUCAUCUAUGGUUACCCCAAGAAGGGGCACGGCCACUCUUACAUCACAGCUGAAGAGGCCGCUGGGAUCGGCAUCCUGACAGUGAUCCUGGGAGUCUUACUGCUCAUCGGCUGUUGGUAUUGUAGAAGACGAAAUGGAUACAGAGCCUUGAUGGAUAAAAGUCUUCAUGUUGGCACUCAAUGCGCCUUAACAAGAAGAUGCCCACAAGAAGGGUUUGAUCAUCGGGACAGCAAACUGUCUCUUCAAGAGAAAAACUGUGAACCUGUGGUUCCCAACGCUCCACCUGCUUAUGAGAAACUCUCUGCAGAACAGUCACCACCACCUUAUUCACCUUAAGAGCCAGCGAGACACCUGAGACAUGCUGAAAUUAUUUCUCUCAUACUUUUGCUUGAAUUUAUU